AUGAGUGCUCCACCCUCUCCGGUGUCCCCAGCAUCGGAAUCAGACUCUACCAACGAAACACCACCCGACAACACCCACGCCCGAGCAAUCCACGCGCUCACAUACGCGCCCGACGGCAAACACAUCGCUACAGCCCACGCCGACGGCGCCCUGCGCAUAUGGGACGCAAAGAGCCUGCAGCAGGUCGGCGCGGAUCUACAGGGCCACACCGCGCGCGUGUCGGCAGUUGCGUAUUCCCCCGACAACCGACGACUGCUGAGCGCAUCUGACGACGGCACCGUCCGCAUGUGGAGCGCCGAGACGCACAAGGAGGUGCUGGUCCCAGGGCAGCAGCGCAUGGGCCACGCGUCUGCGGUGUAUGCCGUCGCGUGUUCGCCCGACGGCAGGCUCGUCGCGAGCGGCGGGGCGGAUCGUGUGCUCCACCUGUGGGACGCGGUCAGCCGCGAGUGUCUCGCCACUAUCCGUGAUCACAGCGACGCCAUUCGAUGCGUCGCGUUCUCGCCAGACAGCAAGCAUCUCGCUACAGCCUCGGACGACCGCCUCGUCCGUGUUUUCAACUUAGAGCAAAGGCGUCUGGCCAUCGAGCCCAUCGCAGGGCACAAAGCCCCCGUGCGCUGCGUCGCCUUCUCCCCCGACGGGACCCUGCUCGCGAGCGCCUCCAGCGACCACACAGUACGCAUACACGACGCCGCGUCGGGCAAGCUGCACAAAGGCCCUCUGCGGGGGCACAGCGCGCUGGUCGCGUCCGUCGCGUUCUCAGCGGACGGCCGGCGCGUUCUAACGGGCUCGGACGACCGCACCGUCUGCGUCUGGGACGUGCCCACUGAGAAAAUCGUGCUCGGGCCGCUGUACGGCCACGACGCUGCUCUCACCGCCGCGUUCUCUCCCGACGGGAAGCAGAUCGCGACCGGGGACGUGGACUGCGUGUUGCGUGUAUGGGACGCGGGCACGGGGAAGGCGCUGCUUCCUCCCCCCACCAAAGAGAACGCAAAACGCGACCGCGCGCGCAAAGCGUCCGCAGCUAAAGGCAUGCACGCAUACGGGCGCACCACCGCCCUCGCGUGGCUCCCCGACGCGCACCACUUCGCCACCGCCGGACCCGCCACCGCUAUCCGGAUAUGGAACGCCGCGACGGGCGUGUCGGAGGCGGAUGGUGAUGCCGAGGGCGCGCCGGUGCUUUGGGGACACACGGGGCCCGUGACGGCGCUCGCGGUGUCGCGCGACGGCGCGUUGCUCGUGAGCGGCUCGGUGGACGCGAGCGUGAGGCUGUGGGCGAUUGAUGCGGGCGGUGGUGUGGUGAAGGGGGAGGAGACGGCGUGGAGCCCGCUUAGGGGGCACAAGGGGCCGGUGGGCGAUGUGAGGGUUGCGCCGGACGGGGAGCGCGUUGUGAGCUGCUGCGCUGUGGAUGUUGCGGUGAACAACGCCGCCGCCGCCGCCGCCGCCGACGACGAAGAUGAAGUCGAAGACGGUAUACGGAUAUGGGACGCGCGAACGGGGACGUGUGUCGCCGUUCUCGAGCGCAGCAGGGCGUACACCUCGCUCUGCCUUUUCGCGUUCACCGAUACCCGCGCCGGCGCGGAAGAAGAGACGCGCACGACACGGCUCGCGGCCGGGUCCGCGCUCGAUAAGGCCGUCAGCGUAUGGGACCUCGACACGCGCCACAAGAUCGCCGGGCCGUUCACUCACGAAACAAGCGGCGGCGGCGGCGUUGUGCGCGUCGGCCCCGCGCACGGCGGAGCCAGUGUGCUCUCGACCGCGCGCGAUGGGCGCGUCUGCGCGUGGGCCAUCGCAAGCGGGGCUGCGGCGCAGACGCACGCCCGGGCGCUGCUGACGACAGAGAAAGAAGGCGGACGCUCGGCGCGCGCGUUGGGGUGCGUCGACUGGGCGUCCGAUGGGGGACGGUUGUUGGGGAGCGUGGAGCGGGACAAGGCGGUGUGUAUAUGGGGCACGGGCGCGGGCGCGGUGGGUGCUGCCGGUGCUGGUGAUGCCCGUGCGGACGGCAACGGCAGCGCGGACGUCAACGUCAAGCGCAUCGGCACGCUCGUGCACGCGGCCGAGGUCGACUGCGCGGUGUUCUCGCCCGACGGCAAGCGCGUGCUGACGGCAUGCAAGGACGGGACGCUGUGGGUGUGGGAUGUGGAGGCGGGGCGUGUUGUGCUUCCCCGGGCGAGCGAGGGCGGUUCAGAAGAGGAGGACGAGUCAGAUAGUGCAGAUGGCGACGACGACGAGAGCUUCAUGAACAUGCCCGCUGCGCCCAGAAACGCCGCCACGAACGGAGGCGCCGCUCCCGCGCACCGAGGCUUCUUCGACGACGACGACUUUGAUGGGCCAGCAGAACCCAAGAGAGAACUAAUGCCUGUGCGACUCCGAGCGAGCGCCGAGCUGGCCACUGCCCCCCGCCGCGGCGCGAGACGGCGGGGGCUCAUUGGGCGCUCGGUUGGUGCUGUUGCUGAAAAGUUCAAGAUGCGUAUGCGGAGUCGGGAAGAGGGCGGAGGGAGGGGUUCUCCAAAGAGGAAAUCCGCGGUUGUGUCUGAAGGAGGUACCAGGGCGCCUGCCGGUGAUUCUGCUGUAGUAUGUAGAGGAGAACGGGCGUCAGAGGUUCAGACGGGUGGAGCUGGGAUGCGCCGGUAUACUUCUGGAUACGGUCGACGUCGUUCAACACUGCCACAGUCAGGCAGAAGCGGGCCGUCUUCGCCCGCAGCAACGCAGUCUAGACGGGUCAGAAGGCCGCCGUCAGUGGAGAGCGAGGGCGAAGAUGGGAGCUUGAGCCCGCUUUCGUUAUGUGCUUGUUUGCCUUUUUGUCGGUGAAUACACCAUGUACGUGUGUCAUA